UUUUCAUUUCUUUUCUUUUGUCAUACUUCCGAUUUAGUAUCUGGCAUAGUAUUAAUAAUCAUGAGAUCAUUAACACGAUCACGUUAGCCGUGGCAAGGGCAAGGCAGUUACUAUUGUAGUCGCACUGGCUUUACUCGAUUGGUAAGCACCGGUGUUAAUUGUAUGUAUCCUCCUAAUAGGUUUUGUCCCACUAAUAAUGCCAAUUAUAUUAGCGAGAUGCAAUGAGUUAGGCUUUUUUUUUUGGCGGCCACAAUUCUGAGCAGGACUUGCUGAAUAUAUAAAUACAUGAAAUGCCUCUAUAAUUUAUGUAGACUUCUCUUUAUUUAAUUUAUAAUUAAUAAUUAGUAUUAUAAUCAUAAUAUACUAAAUAAAUAUCUAUCACAAUUUUAAAAAUAAUGACUAUUACUAAGGGUGUUCCAUUAAAAGAUACCACUGUCUUUUCUAAGAUUAAAGUUGGAAAGAAUACUUUAAAUCAUAGAAUUGUCUAUGUACCAACUACUAGAUUUAGAGCUUUAGAUGAUCAUACUCCUUCUGAUUUAGAAUUUAAAUAUUAUGGUGAAAGAUCAGAAUAUCCUGGUUCUUUACUUAUUACUGAAGGUACUUUUGUUUCUGAACAAGCUUCAGGUUAUCCUAAUGUUCCAGGUAUUUAUACUGAUAAACACGUUAAGGCUUGGAAACAUAUCACUGAUAGAGUUCAUGAAAAUGGUUCAUUUAUCUCUACUCAAUUAUGGAAUUUAGGUAGAGUUGCCAAUGCUAAAGUUUUCAAAGCUAAAGGUUUAGAUAUUGUUGCUCCAUCUCCUAUUUUUGAAAGUGAAAAAUAUAAAGCUGCUGCCGAAGAAGAAGGUGUCACUCUUAGAUCUUUAACUACUGAAGAAAUUAAAGAUUUAAUUUAUAAAACUUAUGACAAUGCUGCUAAAAAGGCCAUUGAAGCAGGUUUCGAUUAUGUUGAACUUCAUUCUGCUCAUGGUUACCUUUUGGAUCAAUUUUUACAUCCAGAAACUAAUCAUAGAACCGAUCAAUAUGGUGGAUCUUUAGAAAACAGAACUAGAUUCCUUUUGGAAUUAAUUGAUCACUUAAUUUCUAUCGUUGGUGCUAAUAAAGUUGCCAUUAGAUUUUCUCCAUGGGCUACUUUCCAAGGUAUUUUAGCUCAAAAGGGUCAAGAACAUCCAAUUACCACUUACUCUUAUAUCUUACAUGAAUUACAAAAGAGAGCUGAUGCUGGUAACCAACUUGCCUAUAUCUCUGUAGUUGAACCAAGAGUUAGUGGAAUUGUAGAUGUUGCUGUUGAAGAUCAAGUCGGUAACAAUGACUUUGUUUAUACUAUUUGGAAGGGAAUUAUCCUUAAGGCUGGUAAUUAUACUUAUGAUGCUCCUGAAUUUACUCAAAUUCAAAAGGAUACUACCGAUAGUAGAACUUUAAUUGGUUUAUCAAGAUAUUAUAUUUCCAACCCAGAUUUAGUUAACAGAUUAGCUAAUGGUUAUGAAUUGAAUCCAUACAUUAGAGAACUCUUCUACAACCAUGACAACUGGGGUUACAAUACUUACAAUAAAUAUGGUGACAAUACUGUUUAUAAUAAAGAAGAAGAAACUGCACAUCUUGCUAGAGCAAUCGAAGACGUCAAAUUAUAAUUGAAUUAAAUGCUGGAUAAAUAAAUAGAUAGAUAGAUAUAUAUAUACUUGUAUGAUUUGAUUAAAAAAUGGAGUUUAUUGAAAUUUUAUAUGUAGUUAAACCUAAGAGGACAAAGAUAAAUUCAGGAGGAAUUAAAGACAAAAUGUCAAGAAUUUACAAAAGCUAAAUAAUCAUGAAUUCUUUGUCCAAAAUAUUAGUAAUUUGCUAAAAAUUAUAACUCAUUAAACCCAAACGUUAUUAUAGUAGAAAAUUGAAUGGAAUUAUA